GUAAAAGUACUCUCAUUGUACAGCUCAACGGCAAGGAUGGACUCGUCGGAAAACCUCAACAGUGAAGCGGCAAGGCAUAUGCAUGCCAUUCACCAAAUUGCCCGGGGAGGCGGCGACUUCCAUGAUAGUAUACAAGCCUUCUACCAGAAAUGGGCCGGCAGUUACGACAAGGACAUGGAUCCAACCCACUACGGUGGCCCUGCAUUCGGAGCUGAUGCACUCAACAAAGCGUUGAAAGAUAAGAACGCCCAUAUCGUCGACUGUGCUGCAGGGACCGGAAAAGUUGGCGAGGAGUUAGCUAAACGCGGUUUCACAAGAAUCGACGCCGUCGACUUCUCCCCAAAGUGUUUGGAAAUCAGCGCUUCGAAGGGAGUCUACGAACGGCUCAUCUGUGACAAACUGGGCUCGAACAGGCUGAAGGGGAUUGACGAUGGUUACUACUCAGCCUUGAUCUGCGUUGGUGCCAUUUCAGUUGGACACCUGACUCAUGAUGUCUUUCCAGAAUUUAACAGGAUUGUCAAGAAAGGUGGUUUUAUCGUCUUCACACGCAGCAAGCUUGUGUUUCCCGAUGGUAACGAGAAUCAUACUGGCGCCUUGGACGAAAUUCAAAAUGCCAUCGACAUCUUGAUAAAGGAGGGAGUCUGGGAGCUCGUCGACAUUGUCAGUAUCGACGAAUCGUUCUGUGUGGGCUACGGAUGCGACGUGUACACCAUCCGGCGUUUGUAAGGCAUUCGCACCGCCCUGUAACGAAUGUGUGUAAACGAUGAUGGUCUUGGUUUGAGUUACUGAUCAUAUAAGUUCAAUUUACUGUUCUGGGUCAUUUUUAAAGUUUAGGAUUACUUCGAAUGCUGAGAAUGUUUGGAACUUUGAGAAUCAUUGCGACACUACCAUAUCUACAAAUCUGCUUCUUCAAUUUGGUGAGCACUAUUGUUUAUUGCCGUAUAUAUUCUUAAUGCUUUAUAGCCUCUCCGCCCCGAGCUGAAGUGCACCCCCAAGCAGCAAAAGAAAAACAGAUGGUAGUAAGUUUUCCAAGCGGGUUCUUGCGUGUACGCAAAGACCAUACAUUCAGGAAAAAGGCUGUUACGCAUACCAGCGUGCUCCGCGUCAAACGCGCCAUUGAUCUCCAUUAUAAACGCGCGCCUCUGUGGUGAGUACAUUGAUCUCCACUAUGAUGAGUACAAAAAACACCCUCUUUUGUUCCACUCGGAGCGGAUAGUGCGUCGCAGUCCUAACUAUCCAGUUCGUAAGUGUUAAAACCACGCCCACUGCACAUAAAGUUACAUGCAACCUCGACUCCAUGGGCUGCGUGCGCGCGCGCUCGCGCGCCUUCACUAGCUUCUGGCUGAGUAGAAUACGAAAAUGACGCUGACCAGCUAUUCAGGUUGUUUUUAUGUAAAAGCCAAUGGCGCGCAUAAUUUUUAUGUCUGUUUAUCCAAUGGGACCAUAUAAUUCAUGAUGCGUGCGCGUGUGUGACUUACGAACCAGAUAGAGUACCGAAGUGUGACGCAUGUGGUGCCUUUUCACGUAUGUUCAUGCCUCUCACUUAGAAUCCCGUUAUAGCAGUUGAAGCCAGUAAUAUGAUUCUUGAAUCGGGCAGGUGGACCCCAAAAGUAAUCGACAAGACAUGAAGCUCAGAUAAAGUUGUUUGGCCGUCAUUUCCAUACUGAUUAGAAUUUAAAUACUCAAAGUCCAUGUUGCUAACUUGCACACGAGAAAAACCUAUUUUCUGCCCAAUUUUUUGCCCGUCUUUGUCACGUACCUCCACAGUAACAGAGUCAGAAGUUGGAAGUGAAGCCAAGAUUUAGAGGGGAUUUUUUCAAUUUGGCCGAGUUUUCCCUGACAUUUCUCUACUUGUAAAUGGUGAGGAAUAUCAUGAACACUCUAAUGAGAAAGCAUCAUAUAAGAAGGAAACCGUAUGGGUGAAAACGGAAAGUUUUUGUUUGUGCCUUUUAGUCGGGCAACUUGACGUGAUUGUACGUAUUUGAGCAAUGCAGUAAGUCAACAUGUACCAAAAG